GAUCAACUUGAACAGUUCAUCUUACUGGUUAUCAAGCAGCAUGGAUCGUUGGCAAAAUCGCGUUGCCGUCGUAACCGGCGCCAGUUCGGGCAUUGGAUCGGCUAUAGUACUGGACCUGGUUAGUGCCGGUCUGGUUGUCGUAGGACUGGCGCGUCGCGUGGAACGUGUAAAGGAACUCCAGAAGUCUUUGCCGGCUGAUCGAAAAGAUAAACUUGUUCCGCUGUAUUGCGAUGUUGGCAAUGAGGCUUCGGUUAAAGAGGCUUUCGAUGUAAUUGAGGAGAAGCUGGGUGGCAUAGAUAUCCUGAUUAACAAUGCAGGUACUCUGCACGACGGCAGACUGGUGGACAUGCCUCUCUCGCUCGUGCAGCAAACAGUCCAGACCAAUAUUAUGGGUAUUGUUAUGUGCACACAGCGCGCAUUUGCUUCGAUGAAAAAGAGGAAUUUCGAUGGCCACGUUGUCCUGAUCAAUAGCAUACUUGGCCACAAGCUGUUCGCACCGAUUCCGGGUAAGGUACCGGAAAUGAACGUCUAUCCUCCUACCAAGCAUGCGGUCACUGCGUUAACGGAAAUGUAUCGCCAGGAGUUCCUGGCUCUAGGUACUCGCAUCAAGAUCACGAGUGUAAGUCCCGGUGUUGUGGAUACGGAGAUCGUGCCGGACGCAUUGCGUGAUGUGGCUAACCAAACAAUGCUGAAGGCGGAGGACAUUUCGCGAGCUGUGUUGUUUACUCUUUCCACGCCUCCUAAUAUGCAGGUGCAUGAGAUGAUAAUCAAGCCAACGGGUGAACUUCUCUAAACAGUAUUUUAUUUACUUAUUUUCUUAAAUGAAUAAAUUACUUAGCGUGUUGUGCUUGAAAAU